AUGGCGGGAAACGACGACCAUAUCAAAAAUGGCUUUCUCCGAGCAGAUCAGAUCGAUCUCAAGAGCUUAGACGAACAAUUACAGAGGCAUCUCACCACCGCCGCUGCUACCACCGGUACCAGAAGAACAAGAAGUUUCGACAAGAAUACUAGCAUCAAUCUCACCAUUAGCGGCAUUAAUUUCAGUACUAAUCCUUCUUAUAAUCAACAAAAACUUGAUAAUCUUCAUCUUCAACACAAUCACCAUGGAUUACAUGGAGAUGGAGGAGGAAAUCGAGAUGGAAACAACACCUCUAGGUUAAGGAUUGAUACAAAUAGUAAUCGGCGGAGGCAAGAUUGGGAGAUCGAUCCUUCAAAACUCGUCAUCAAAUCUGUUAUAGCUCGUGGCUCCUUUGGUACCGUUCAUCGCGGCGUUUAUGAUGGCUUAGAUGUUGCAGUUAAACUUCUUGAUUGGGGUGAAGAAGGCCACAGGACAGAUGCUGAAAUAGCUUCACUUAGAGCAGCUUUUACCCAAGAAGUUGUUGUGUGGCACAAACUUGACCAUCCUAAUGUAACUAAGUUCAUCGGGGCCACCAUGGGCACGUCAGAACUAAACAUACAGGCAGAUAACGGUCAUUUUGGCGUGCCACGUAACUCUUGUUGUGUAGUUGUGGAAUACCUUCCCGGUGGUGCUCUGAAAUCUUUCCUCAUAAAAAACCGAAGAAGGAAGCUGGCUUUUAAAGUCGUCAUGCAACUAGCACUUGAUCUUGCGAGAGGGUUAAAUUAUCUUCAUACAAAGAAGAUUGUCCACAGAGAUGUGAAGACAGAAAAUAUGCUUUUGGACAAGACCCGGACCUUAAAGAUUGCGGACUUUGGUGUUGCUCGAGUAGAGGCAUCGAACCCGAAUGACAUGACUGGUGAGACCGGAACCCUCGGUUACAUGGCACCAGAGGUCCUUAACGGCAGCGCCUAUAACAGGAAAUGCGAUGUAUAUAGUUUCGGGAUUUGUCUAUGGGAAAUAUACUGUUGUGACAUGCCGUAUCCGGAUCUUAGUUUCUCCGAAGUGACUUCGGCUGUGGUCCGUCAGAAUUUGAGGCCCGAGAUACCACGUUGCUGUCCGAACUCAGUUGCAACGGUUAUGAAGAGAUGUUGGGAUGCGAAUCCCGACAAGCGGCCGGAGAUGGAUGAGGUGGUGGCGAUGUUGGAGGCCAUCGACACUUCAAAGGGCGGAGGAAUGAUACCCGGAGAUCAGCAGCAGCAAGGAUGUUUCUGCUUCAAUCGGACGAGAGGCCCUUAGGACCUCUUUUUACUGUUUGUAUUAUAUCCCACACAAAGGUAGGGUCUGAAAAACUAUUUUUACUGUUGAUUUGGAUCAUGUAAGACCACACACUUUCUGUGACGUCUGUGAAACCAUCUCAUGUCUGUUGGAUCACCUUCAUCUCGUCGA